AUCAGGUACUUUGCUAGGAAGCAUGCAACAGCCAGAGAUAUCACAGGCUGGGUGCGCAAUACACCUGAUGAGAAAGUUGAGGGAGAGGCACAAGGUGAUUUGAGAAAGAUUGCCGAGUUUCUCAAAGAUCUGAACAGGGGCCCUUCCCAUGCCACUGUGAAGAAGGUAGACCAUGAGCACCGAGAUGUUGUAGAAGGUGAAAGAGCCUUCGAAGUCCGACACUGA